CGUCUUUCCCAUUUUUAUAUCCUCCCAAAUUCUUCUAUCAAACCCUAGAACUCAGAAUUAGACUUCUGGGAUUCAGGCUUUGAGCAUUCGGAACCGAUCAAGAACUUCAAGAAAUAGUUUCUUUGUUGGAGGAAUUUGUCGAAUUUUGAGGAAUAGAUUCUGAUUCCAUUUACAAACAUCAGCCAAAAUGAAGUUUAAAAGGGGGGUUAAAGUGGAGGUCAUGAACCAAGCUGAAGUGCCAAUCUCAUGGCGUGCUGCUCAGAUACUCUCUGAGGAUGGACAUUGGUACACAUUGAGAUUUGAUUCUUUAGGGGAAAGCGAAUCAGUGGUGGAAAGGGUAUAUAAGAGCUUGAUUAGACCCUCUCCUCCCCUGAUGCAACAUACUGAGAAUUGGUUACCUGGGGACAUUUUGGAGGUAUUUGAUGAUUUCUCAUGGAAAGUUGCCAUUGUUGUCCAUGCUGUAAAUGAAGAUUAUUAUUUUGUGCGACUCAUUGGAUCCUCUCAUGAAUUUUGCAUUCAUGUAUCAUCUAUGAGAAGGCGACUAGCAUGGCAAGAUGGCAGAUGGGAUUGGCUGUCUAAGGGAACUGCAGAAUACAGGAAGCUCAAAUCUAACAAACUGUCAAAUCAAAUUUGCUACAGAAACACAGGAUACCAGUUGUGGCGACCUGAUUCUGUGGAUAGGUUAGAGGAAUUUCAUGUGCCAUCUUCAAGAUCUCUGAAACGGGCAUAUGUGCACUGCUCAUCAACAACUGGAUCACAUACUCCUCUCUUUAAAAAACAAAGAACUCUGGAAACAGAUGGUCAGAGGCAAGAAAUACUGGAAAAGGUAGAAGCUGUUGCUUCUUACCCAAGAGAAACACUGGGUAGAGGCAUGGUUCCUUUGCUACCAGACUGAUCAAAGAUGAUGCCGGGGUUUAAGCCAUUCUAGUGGAAUAUGCAAAUGGAUGAUUCAUGCGUCCAAUUCCCCACACAUGGCCAAUCCCUGGUAUCACCUUGUUUUAAUCUGUUUGUAUAUAUCAGGCUGCAGGUGGAUUUGCAUCAUGUUAUUCUACUGCUGGAUGAAACCAGAGGUUUUAAGUAGUGGUAAAAUUGCAUUCUUAUGUCAUUCUGUCUCAGAUUAUCAUGCAAGAACCUGGAUUUUCUGUUGACGUUAAGGCUCUGUUUGUUAGAAAGGAAAACAUCAGUUUUUUUAAGGAACGUACCUCCCUUGUCACAAGCAUUUGUAUUUUACAAUAUAUUGCAACAAACUGGAAUCACUUCUGGUCUAAAAGACAGUUUUCUUUUGCGAAAUGAAAAGUUAAUGUGCCAAACACAACAAUUAAAAAAAGGUUUUUGAGAAAAAUAUAUUCCUAUAAACAAACAAGGUCUAAAGGUCAUGUGUAAGAGUAUAGAAUAGCUUAUGCGCACACAAUUAUCUAAUUUGGCUCUGCAUCACAAUUGGUGUGAAAAAUCAAAUGUUUGGUUAAUAUGAGUGCAAAUACCAAAAUUUUUGUUAGACUUGUACAAGUGCAUGGGUUAUAAAAUCACAUACUGAGAUUAACACAAGUACAAUUUUCAAAUUUCCACGUAUUAACAAGUAUGAUUCUUUGCUGCAAAUGUACACAAUGUAAUCCUCAAAAGGGAAUUUUUUCAGGCACUCCAAUUGUUGUUCUUGGUGUUCUUAGAGAGGUGUGCCAAUAGCAACACUUUGAGUGCCUAUAACAAUUCCCUCCAGAAACUGUGGUGAGCGGUGUUGGGUGGCUUUGUCAGCUGCAACACUGAGAUUCUUGUACCAGAUUGAUAGCUGAGGUUAAGGUACGUAAUCGGAUCAUGGAGUGGGUUUUUGGCUUUUGAGCCUGAGAUUUCAGGUAUGUUCGCCCAGACAUCUGAGCUGCACAUUGUUGUAACCAGAUCUUCUUUUGACAUCACAAGGAUUUGUGUAUGAAAACCCACUUGUCUGCUGACUUCACAAGUUUUUUAGGGCAACAACUCAAACUUGAUUAAUCAACUCCAAAAGAAAGUUGGGUGGGACGGAGUCGUAGUACAGAUUAUGAAACUGGAAAUAGGCUUUUGGAGGCAAAUAGUGGGGAAGAGAGUUAAGAAAACGAGACCAAAAAAAAAAAAGAUUCGUGCAAUUAGAGAUGAUGAUGCUUUUGGUUUGGGGCGUGCAGGAUAAUUGGCUGUGAUUGUUGGUGCUUUUGGUUUGGGGCAUUUUGGUAACUUCACUUAUAGCAAUUUGGCACAAUUUUAUGCUCCCAUUACGGAGUGCUUCAUGGAGUAAUACAAACUUGGAUUGUUU